UGUCUUAGAGUCGCGCCGGCGCACAAGUGCGGGCCAGGCGGCCAAGAUGGCGUUCCCCAAGUACAAGCCUUCGCGCUUGGCCUCCUUACCGAGCACCCUCGAUCCUGCGGAAUACGACAUAUCUCCGGAAACCCGGAAGGCUCAAGCUGAGCGGCUGGCCAUUCGAUCCCGGCUUAAACAAGAGUACCUGCUUCAGUACAACAAUCCCAGCCGCCGUGGGCUCGUUGAAGACCCAGCCUUGCAUCGUUGGACCUAUGCAAGAUCAGCAAAUAUCUAUCCCAAUUUCAGACCCACUCCCAAGAACUCACUCUUAGGAGCUUUGGUCGGAAUCGGGCCCCUCUUCUUCUGGUAUUAUGUCUUUAAAACGGACAGAGAGAGGAAAGAAAAACUAAUCCGUGAAGGAAAAUGGGAUCGCAAAUUUACCAUCUCCUAUUAGGUCUGAAAAUUAGGAAAAAUAUGCUAUUGUUUAAAUAAAUCUUC